GAGGAGGCCGAGGCGGUGGCGCGCGUCUUUGCGCUGGGAUGGCGCUGUGGCCACCGCGCUCCCGGGGUCUCCGCGCGGGGGAGGGGCAGGAGCCGGACCCGCCCUGCGCGCCCCGCCCGCCGGACCCGCAGAUAUAUGGCCAUGGGAUUGAAUUGGCUUGCCAAAAACAAAAGGAGUUUGUGAAGAGCUCUGUGGAAUGCAAAUGGAAUUUAGCAGAAGCCCAGCAGAAACUUGGUAGUUUAGCACUGCAUAACUCUGAGUCCCUGGAUCAGGAACAUGCCAAAGCACAGACUGAUGCUUCAGAAUUGAGACAGAGGGAGGAAGAAUGGAGACAGAAAGAAGAGGCCCUAAUACAGAGGGAAACACAAAAUCUGUGGAACACAGAUUCUGUUAGCAAGGACGUAUUUAAUAAGAGUUUUAUUAAUCAAAAGAAAAGAAAAGAAAUAGAAGAGGAAGACAAAUCCAAAUCAUUCCUGCAGAAACAUGAACAAAAAAUUAGAUAUUUUGGCAUGCUAAGCAGAUGGGAUGAUAGCCAGAGAUUUUUGUCUGACCAUCCAUACCUUGUAUGUGAAGAUACAGCUAAAUAUCUCAUCUUAUGGUGUUUUCACCUGGAAGCAGAACAGAAAAGAGCUCUCAUGGAACAAGUAGCACACCAAGCAGUUGUUAUGCAGUUUAUUAUAGAAAUGGCCAAAAGUUGUAAUGUGGAUCCCAGAGGCUGUUUUCGUCUAUUUUUCCAAAGAGCAAAAGCAGAAGAAGAAGGUUAUUUUGAGGCUUUUAAAAAUGAACUCGAAGGAUUUAAAUCAAGAGUGAAAAUCUCUUCACAAUCACAAAGUUUUCAGGCUAUGUCAGUUCAGAAUCCCAUUGCCCAUACUGGUCUCAGUUCCUUAGGUGUGCUGGAGUUUUUGCCACAGACUGCAGACUCUCUUCAAAGCUGCGUAAACACAGGUCUCUUUAAUUUAAACUCGUUGGUACACCGAGAUGAUGAGGAACCCAAAAUGAUGGACACAAUAUAGUACUGUUAAGACUGAGGCCAAGUACUUUUAUUACAAAGAAAAGAAUGUGGCUCUUUUCUUGAUACUUACUUUUCUGGGUGCUGCACUUUAUUUUUUGUGUUUUGAUUUUUGGAAGGAGGGUAAUCCAGAAACACACUUGUCAUUUUGUUUCAAAAUGUGCUGCUAGAUUUUUGGUUCUCUUUUAGAAGAGGGGUUCUCAUAUGUUACCGAAUGUGAAACUGGAUGUUGUUUCUGCUACUUAAACUUGCCUUUAUUCUUAAUUUUAGGAAUCAAAGUAUGACAAACAAAUCUGCACAAACACAAUGUUUACGAGAAGUGGUUGAUUCUAGUUGGAAUCUGCUAUAAUCUUUUAUUAUGGACAUGGACGUGUCUUGCUCUAUGAAUACUAAAGAUCACCAUUGUACUCAUGCUGUACUGCUGACAUAGUAAGCGCUCACAUCCAAUUUUAUCAUAUUAAUAGCAAUAAAUCAAAAGCUGAUAUCAGCUUGGAGGCUCAGAUUAAAGCAGUGUUUUUUUUUAUCUCUACUGUAGAGAUUAAAAUUUUACUUUGCUUUCAGACAAAGGACUUAUUUCUGAUUGUCAAGUUAUGUACAUUUUAGAGACAAAGUGUAUAAUUGCUUAGUGGGUUUUGAGCCACAUUUCUAGCAGCAUGGUCACUGAGAAGCUGAUUCGUCUGUCUAACAUUUAGUGUUAACUUAAAAUAUUAAGGUUGCAUUACAAAGUUCCAGUGUGAAUAAAUAUUUUGAGUAAGGGAGAUUGAGGGUGGGGGAAACAACUUCAGGAUAAGAUUGUACUGCAGCCAGGCUCUCUCCUUCAUACCAGUAACAACAAAAGCCUGACUGCCAAAGACUGAGUGAACAGUAUUGAUUUACAAUUCAGAUUUGUUACGGUAUUUCAAGCUUUCCUCAGUUUAAAAGGAAGAGAGUUCUGUUUCAAUAUCAGCUGUAUGAUUGAGGCCAAGUGUUUAACUGCUGAGAGUAACAAUAUAUAGGGCAGUAUCUUAAGAGCCCUCUGCUUUAGAGCUCUGUAAAGGUCAAACUCUGUAAUAUUUUCAGAAUUUUGACAGAACAGUCUUUGCAAUCCAAAACUGCUGCUUUUGCUGUAAAAUGAGAAAAUAUCUAGGCAUUUGUACUGUGGUAUCAGGGAGGGUCAGUCCUACACUGAAACAGCCCAGAUACAUAGAGGCCGUGAACACAGGUGAAAAAACUAUUGAAAACAUUUAGGAAAGCUUAAUAGCAAUGUAUUAGUUUAUAUAUACUUCUUGAGUCACAUUCUCUACUGCUUACUAACCCUUUUGCAUUGCUUAAGUGGCAUAAAGAGACUGGAAAGCAGCCAGAUUUCCUCAGCCUACAGAAUACCUAGGCUGGUGCAUAACUAGCAUUGCUGGUCAGCUUCCUCUGCAAUCCUUCUGUAGCCACAAGUGAAGGGAGCAAGUUUGAAGAACUACUAUGAUUUGGCUUUUCUUUGUUGGUGGGUGGCCACAGGCGGUAGUUGUACCUUGGAGUGGCCCCUAGUCUGUCCUAAGGCAUGCAGGAGCCAGUGGUGGCACAGAACCAGUGUCAGAAACAGAACUACUUCUCUGGUCCCCUUCUUCCCUCCCCAUGGCCAGCACAAUCAGGCCUUUGCCUCCAUGUUCUGUGAGGAGCAGGCCAGUCACAUGCUUGGUUAUAGAGAACCAUAAGAGCAUUUCUUCUUUUAAGUACUACAGAAGCCUUAUGGAUGGGAAUUUUGGGGUGAGAACAGUAAAGCUUCAAAAACGUUUGCUGGGCCUUCAUUGAAAUGUCUGUCAGCUACUAGCAUGAGGGGGCUGAUCUGUGUUUCUGAUAUGGUUGAGAUACAGAAACAACUUUAGUGGCACAUUCUAAUUUUAGGUCUCCAGUACACCAGCCGAAACACUUGUGAUCUCUCUAGCAGACCCUUACUGAGAGAGGAUAACAGCUCUGAGUGGGCUCUAGACAAAAGCUGCAGAAAACACAAGUAUAUUCUCCAAUGCUAUAAAACCUGUUUAGCUGAGUAGUGUCAGUGAAACACAGUGAGGGAAAGAUUGCAAAAGGGCAUGUCAUUUCUCUUAUCACUAACUUCCCCAGUAUGAGAAGUGACCUAGCUAUGCUGUAGUUCAUCUCCUAAACACAGUUAAUCAUGUAUCCUACAGAAAGAACUGAAGUUCCAUCUGCAGGUGCCUGUUGCUCUGGUAUCUAAGCCCUGAGGUUGUUGCAGGCAUGUGAAGAACAGAACACACUUCUGCUAAAAAUCUCAGGGCCAUCUUGGAGAAAGGGCAGCCAAUAUCCUGUUCUUAUGGAAAGUGAAGAAAUGUGUAUUUAGGCUAGUGCAAAGGUGGGAAGAGCUGUUGCUUUUUGUCUGGAAAUGGUCCUGAAACCCCAGUAAUGCUGGUGUCAAAUGGAAGUAUAGAACAAAUCAAGGUUUUGUAUGGGAAUGCUAAGGCAACUGUCCAAAGGAAUCUAGUCUUUAAGGAACAUGUGUAUGUCUAGAGGUGUCUCAAAUGACAUAAAGGCUGGUGGCUGCAAAAUUUCAUUUUUUUCUUUGUUAAGAAAAGGACCCAAACUGAACAGUACCUACCUCAACAGCCUUACACUUACCACAAAUGAAAAGCUUUCCAAAUUCCUCAGAUGCUUUUCUUGGAAUGUGUCAAUACUGGUGAUGUUAAUACUUUGGAGUAAAAAUCCUACUGUAAAGUAUUUUAACUGUGUUGGUACUACUAGUAGAUGACCUGUUUGAUAGAUCAAUACCAGAGAGGAGUGAUGCUCUCAGCAGCAUGGUCUGCUGCCAGUUACACCAGUUUCAUAAAGUUUAACUAUCUGGAUGUGAUGAUUACAUUGAUUUCUGUUCCUAGAGCUUGCUGACCAGUUUCUGAAGAAGUGGGAUUGAGGGAAAUGAAAUCAACAGAGUCUGUAAAGCUGAAAAAAUGGGUAUGAGAGUUCCUUGUAAAGACUAGCAGUAGCUACAAAAAUCUGGACUGCUUGGUAUUUGAAAGAGCCAAGCUUACAGAGGGCUGUUGACCUCAGUCCAGUGUCAAAUGGGAAUGAGGCUGGUUCCCUACCACCAAAAUAUGCAAUGUACGCAUCUCUAUUAAUCUUACGGGAGAGACUAUUACCCUAUUGUUUUAAUCUCUGCUCUAUAACCUCAUUAACUGAGGAUUAAAGUUACACUCUACCACACCAAAUGUGGUUUUGUUUCCAGUGGGACUCUUCUAGGUGCAACUAGAUAGUCAGAAUUUUGUUAAUGUUGUAACUUAGUGGAGUGAAAUAGCAAAAAGGUAAGUUUUGUAACUUUUAAAUGUGGAUAAAUAAAGGCUUCAAGAUAGCUAUGAUUUGUCAAGCUAACAUGUUUAAUCAAAGAACCUUGAAUACCCUUGUGGCAGGAUUCUCCCCCACUGCUUUGGAAAUGAGACUUUAAUUUUCUGUAAUAAAACAUUUUUAUUGUA